AAAAGACGGAAGAGUGAGGGAAAGGGAGAGAGAAGAAAAAGAGAGAGAGAAGAAGAGAAAGAAGAAGAGAAAAGUCUUGCACUUUGAUGACGAAAUGAUAAGAAGUGUCUUUAUCAAUUUCUUAUAAGCGAGUAAAACCAAAGAAACUGAUCCGACAAGCUGUUGCAUACAAUGAAAGACAGGCUAGAUUAGUCUUUCCUAAUUAUCCUUCUCUCUUCGCUUAACUUCACCCUUUUCAUUAUUUUUUGGCUCGGAUUUUCAGUUACACCAUUCUCAUGAGGUUGAUCAUCUCUUAACCCUUCACCCAUGAGUCAAGUUUAAAACCAGAAUCUCAGAAAUGAUGUCAGUCCAACCAACCCAGAUGACCAUGAGAAGAAGACUUAAACCAGAAGAUCGUAAUGUGACCCAUCAAUUUUGUUGAAAAAGCUGGAUCAACUCUGUCCAUAACAAUGCCAUUUCAAGGAAGACCCAAUAUCUGAACUGGAAUCCAUGAUGAAGCCAAUUUACGGCCAAAAAGCAACUGACCUUGACAUGUCUAAUCUAAUGCCAAUUGCCAUCCUCAUUUCAAUCAAUUAGCUGCAGAUCACACCACUAAUGGUUGAUUAAUAUCUCCUGAAAUGUUCAAUACGACUGUAAAAGUGUAGUCAAAAAGGUACUUCAAAUUUGUACCGUUUAUCAAUAUCUGGUUGAGCUGAAUCAUUAAACGAUUUAAAGGUACAACCAGCGUUAAAAUUAUUUUUUAUCGCAUUCAUUAUUCACUAUUUGGUAAUGAUUAAUUUGUACAAUAAUAAAAGGUUUCAAUUCCAAUUGAGUCAGUAAGCCUGGAUAAAUAGCUGACGAUUCUCAUUUUAACCGUAAGUUAAGUGUCAUCUUAUAAAUUUAAGUCUGUCUAAGCAAAAGCAAUCUAAAUAUUUCCCUUGAUUUCAAUACAUUUCUUGAAGUUUAAUUAACCAUAAACAUAACAUUUACUUAUUAAUGAAUACACAUUUAUAAUCACACUCCAAUUUUGAUCAAUGUCAGCUUCUUCAAUGUAUGAAUAUGAAACAAUCCGUUUUUUAUUAAAUGAUUUGGUUUACAAUAAUUUAUGAGAAACAUCUAAAUAAAUAAACAAUUGCUGGACUUGAUUAACCAUCUCAAGUUGUUCAAAACAAUUAAAACGACUAAUCUGACAAUUGUGAGCACAAGAUUCUUGGAAUUUGGUUUAGUAUUUAAACAAGAGAUGGCGCUGGCACAUGGCAUUUUUAUCAGCUGGAGGUUAACAAUAUUAAAGUGAAAUAGAAAAGUGGAAAAUAAAUUAAUUUAACUCUUAAUUAAGAUGUCUACGCCGUCUUCUGCGUUUCGUGCUCUCCCUCUCCAUUUAAAAGUAGUCCUAAGCAUAAAGAAAUGCUAUCAAUAUCAUCCAUUGGUCAUAAUUGGUUUGGGUCAUUGCUUAGCUGGUACCGUUGCUUAUUUCUAUUACCUCGAUAAACUUAUGGCCACUAAUCAACGACAGAUGCCUCGUUACCGUGCUUGGUACACUGUUUACCGGCCUGAUGAUAUUCGGUUAAAAAUUACUCCUAAAAGGUACAUAUCUGAUCAACAGUAUGUUAGUCCUGAUCAUCAUGAAUGGAUGGACGAUGCUCCUACGACUAUGACCCCUCCAGUUAAAUUCCGAACUCAACGUGAUCGUCUGGCUGGUCAUGGAUAUCCACAAUGAACAUUUUGAUGUAUAUAAUUAUAUUCAUAACAUUUACAAAGAUGCAACUUCAGUUGUAUUGAUCAUAGAUCCAGCUUUGCCUGUAAAAUUGGUGUUACUAGAUGAUUUAAAGAGAAGAAAUAAAGUUAACUAUUGUAGUGGUUAAUUCUCGUGUAAAUCAGCGAACUACUAUCUUUUGAUAAUAACGUUACUCAACAUGCCUUGAAGCUAAGACACUUUUCGCGUUCAGCUAAUUUUCACCAUUACCAUAUAAAGAAUCGUUGCUCCUUUUUAAUCUUGGUGAAGGUUAGCGGAGGAAGAUGAAAAACUUUUCACUUAAUCGAUUUAAGCUCCUACCUUUGUUAUGUUUGAUCUUUCCUGUUCUUUAAUAUUCUUAUCCUUUUUCUUUGAUUACUAAUCAUAAUCAAAAAGAACCAUCAUUGUAAACGAACAAGAAAAAGUCUCAUGCCAUUAACCAAAUGAUUGUUUAACAAACCAUAUUCUUAUUGUUGUUCCAUUGGAUUAAUUCAGCCAACAAUUUUCAACAUCACAGUUUGUUUGAUCACCGGUUAUCCCAAUCAAUUCAACAUGAUUAAACAAAGUCUCGGAGGAUCAACAUAAUGACCAUAAUAAAGAAAACCUAAGUGAAAAAAAUCAAACAAAUAAACAAUCAUUACCAUCAUUUGCUUGGUCAUAUUUACAAUUAGAGGUUUUAAAUCUAUUGAAAACCAUUAUGGACACUUCAUUGGGAAUUCAACAGAUUAUUGGUGAUGAAUCAAAUUAUGCUGAAAAAUUAGCUUCAGCUUUGGAUACCAACAAUCGGACCAUAAAGAAGCAAAUUUUUGAUCUUCUAUCAGCUCUUUGCGUUUACAGUAAAGAUGGACAUUGGAAAGCUUUGCAAACUCUUAAUCAUUACCAGGCAUUGAAACGCACCCGAUAUCGAUUUGAAGUAAUUGUUGAUGAAUUACAGAAUGCUAAAAAUUUAGAAUACAAGACAAAGUUGAUGGCCUUUAUUAAUUGUUUAAUAAUAUCGGCUGGUAAUGGUAAGGAGCGAUCAUCUGUUAGAAAUGAAUUCAUUGGUUUGAAGUUACUUAAUAUAAUAUCCGAGAUGAGACGUGAGGGUGUAACUGGUGAAUUGUUAAAGCAAAUGGACUUGUUUGAAGAGCAAAGAAAAUCUGAUGACAAUAUGGACUCUCUGGACGUUAAUUCACACCAGGAUAUAUUUUUCUCAAUUUUACGCCAAGUAUCAGGGCAACCAGAAUACGAAACUCCAUUUCUUCAUUUAUUACAACAUCUACUUACUAUUGAUUAUGGAUCAAAUGAUAUCUCAACAAUCAUUUGGGACACAGCUUCGACAUUGGUUCACAGAGCGACAACAUUAAUUGAAUCUCGUGAUGAUGCCGAUAAAUUAUUACGUUUACAUAAUAAAAGGAGAGGAUCAGUUGAUCCAUCAUCUGGAGCAAGAUUGAGCGCUCUUUCAUCACCACUCAAUUUAGCUUCUCCAACAAGUCCACCUAAACCAUUUCCAAGAAACAAUAGUCGGCCAUUGUCACCAGCUGAACCCAAAUUUGAACCCAUUAAAGAAGCUAUAGAUAGUCCUCCACAGAGUCUUGCGCCUCCUCCACAGUCAAUACCACCACCUCCGCCACCUCCUCCUCCUCCACCUCCACCACCACCGCCGCCGCCACCACCACCACCAUCAUCUUCAGCUCGAAUGAGUUCAAGUCAACCCUGUAUUUCCCUGGCAAACAGUAACUCUUUUUCAUCGUCACUUCUAACAGCUUCAACUCCUUCUGAACCUGAAUAUUUCAAAUUGACUAAUUUCGAUAUUCCUAAACCUAAAAGUAAAAUGCGCUCAUUAAAUUGGACCAAAAUUCCUUGUCAGAAAGUAAUUCAAUCAAACCAACCAAAUUUAUGGAGCUUAAUGGCCCAAGGAAAACCAACAAUUAAAGCACUAUCUGUAGAUUUUGACUCAUUGGAAGAGCUUUUUUGUCAACCUAAUAGUUCAAUAUCAGUAUCACCUAGUUUAUCUGCAUCAACCAAUGGACAAAUUGUAUCAAUAGCUCAACCAAAUACACUAGCAUCAGCGUCACUAUCAUCUUCAACACCCGUUGGAUGCUUUCAAUCAUGUUCAUCAUCAACCUCAGCUUCACCAUCACCACCAAGCUCAACCAUUAAUGGACUCAAUUCUCAUCAUCAUAUUCAUGUACACCCAUCUGAAUCAAAUUCAUGUUCUGGUUCACCAAGGUUACCAGUUCGAUUGAUGGCAUUAGAUGGCUCAUUUUCAUCACCUUGUAAUAGUUUGGAAAGGAAGUUAAUCAAAAGGCAUAGCGGUGAAUAUGUUCCACUACCUGAAGUUAAUCUAAAUAUUUUGGAUGGUAAAAAGUCACUUUCAGUGAACAUAUUUCUUAAACAGUUUCGCGGUUCUACCGAAGAAUUGAUAAAUUUAAUAGCAAAUGGUGAUCAUGGAGCAAUUGGAUCUGAAAGAUUGAGAAGCCUGAUGAAGUUAUUGCCUGAAUUGAGUGAAAAAGAGCAGCUUCAAAAUCACAUCAACGAUUUACAAAGGAUGCCAAUUGCUGAAAAAUUUUUGACUCAAUUAAUUCAAGUUCCCAAUUACCAAUUGAGAAUCGAAUGCAUGUUGGUUAAAGAAGAGUUUGACUCUAAUAUUUCAUCUUUGGAGCCAUCGAUAUCAAUCAUUAAGACCGCUGCCAAUGAACUGAAAACAAAUGAAAAUCUUCGAAAUGUAAUGUACCUUAUUCUUGUAGCUGGAAAUUUUCUCAACUCGGGUGGAUAUGCUGGUGAUGCUGUUGGAUUCAAAAUGAUGUCAUUAACUAAAUUAUCCGAAAUCCGAGGUAAUAAGCCAGGUAUAAGUUUAAUCCAUUACGUUGCCUUGGAAGCGGUCAAGAAAAAUAUUCAUGGAUUCCUAGAAUGCUCAAGUAGUUUUGAAGAGGCUGCUAAGAUAUCGGUUGACUCAUUGAAAGAUGAGAUCAAAGCGAUUUCAAGUAAAAUUACGAGUUUGAAAAAAUCAAUUUCAUCUCUAAAUGAAUUUAUGGAGCAUUUUUUCAUUGAAAUGAGGAGAUUUCUUGAUGCUGCAUCAAAAGAGAUUGAUCGUUUAACAGUUUCAAUUGAGAUUGAAAUUGAAAGAACACGGAUUGAUUUGGCUCAAUUUCUUUGUGAAGAUGUAUCAACAUUCAAAUUGGAUGAAUGUUUCUCAGUUUUUGCUUCAUUUUGUCAAAGAUUUAAACUUGCUUGUGAUGAAAAUGAUCGUCGACGCGAAGCUGAAGCCAAAAAUGAAAGAAGACGUAAACAUUUAACUAAUGGAUCCAAUGAAAAUCGCAAAUAUGUAAUCACGGAAACUGAGGCCAAUGGGGGUGAACUUAUACUUUCUGGAAGUAAUACUUUACCCAAAAUAAGAGCUAGUCGGUUAGCAUUAAAUGAAACCAACAAUGAGGAUGAUUUGGCAACUGGAUUGAUGGAACUACUUAAAAGUACUAAUGAUUUAUCUGGAUCAAUUUAUGAUUCUGCAUAUGGAUCACUUCGUCGAGUAGGAAGUGGACGUCGAUCAGCAAAUCGAUCAGUCAAUUCGUACCAUCCUGAAUCGACUAGGGAGCGAACAGUUAACGCAGAUGGAGUUUACUCUGUUAAUUUAAGAUCGUGUGAUAUUGAGUCUAAUAUUUUUGAGAUUCCAGAGGAACCAAAGCCAUUACAAGAAUCAAGUAAAAUUUCUGGUUCAACAGCUAAUGAAAUUAAACAAGAAGACCAGAAUUCAUCUAAUUGUCCUUUUGAUAGAUUGGCACCUAGUCGAAAGUCUUUUUCUAUCAAGAAAACUGAACGAAAACCUAUUUGUACAGAAUCGAAACCAGAAACACAGGAAGAGAAUAACAAUUCUGAUGGAAGAAUCAUCCAACAAUUGGAACCUAAAAAUGUACGAAAAUAUUGGAAAUUAUUGGAUAAAAAUGAGAUUCGUGGUUCAGAAGGUCGUCUAAUAUUCACUAAUCAAUCUAAUCAACCGACAGCCAUAAUAGCCCCAACUCAAGUUGAAGUUGACAAUGAAGUUGGGGAAAACAAAAGCCAUAGACCUAAAUUUUUAGACAAUUUAUCAAUCAAUUGCAAACCAAUUGAUUCCACAGUAUCCAAAAGAAAUUCAAUUUUAUCUCAAACUGGAAACAAUUCAACCGCAGCUUAUGUUAAACCGGUACAAUUAACUGAAAAGGGUGUAAUAUCUCCCAAUAUAUCAACCUUACCAUUGAUUGGAAGAUCAUCUUCGUCUUCAUCUUCAUCAUCAUCUCUGGUCAGUGGAAAAAGUCAUCGAUCUCGUGUUCCUGUUAGAAAAGAUAGUUUGACGAAACCUCCAAAACCUUUAAAAACUGAUGCAUCUUCCAACCAAUCUGAUAUAAUUGAUAGUCAACAAUCUAGAGAUGAAUUGAAUAUGAUUAACUUGCCUGGAUCAAAGAGAAAUGACUCGGUAGAAUCCAGAUUAUAUCGAAUUGUUGGUAGAAGUACAAGUAAUUUAAGACGAUCUCCUCCAAAUGGAUCAAUUGAUAGAUUCUCAUCUAGACCAACAUUCGAUCGAUCUAAAAGCUAUUUAACUAGUUCACAGUCACCUGAUUUGUAUUCAAAUAAAUCUCAUCGAACGCCUUAUAAUGCACCAAAUUGUGCAUCUCGGCGUGUUAAUAAUGGCACAUCAAAUAAUGAACCGAGAUCAUUUAUGAGACAAACAUCUUCUUCUGCGGCAAAAUCACAAAAGACACUUAAUCAUGCCAGAUUUAGAUUUUAAUAACUUUAUAAACAUAACUUAAAAAGACUAAAAAAAUCAAAUUUUUUCAAGCUUGUACUUUGGUUAAAUAUAAUAAACAUUUACAAUUGUAUUCAAAACAAUC